UCCUUUAAGGCACAACAGGUGGAAAUGCAGGGCUAGAGGGACAAGGAGUAUUUAAAACAGCCUGGCAUUGCCAGAGCCCGUGUCCGGCUGUGACACGGAGGCAGGACACCUGCAGAACGUCCAGGGGUCGGCCACCGAGACACCAGCAAAACUGGGAGCGGUCAGUCUGAAAGAAAAAGCAAGAGGUACAAAAUAGUCUGCAGAAGUAACUGGGAGUGGAAUGCGAGAAAAAAUGACUUUACUAGCAUUCACCUUCCUGCUCGCCUUCCUCCCAACUGAAUCUGCAAGCAGCAAAUACCUCCCCAAGGCAGCAAUCUCAAGCCCUGUGUUCGGACCACGGCAGGUAUAUGGUCUGCUCAACGGGUCAGUUACCGUGAAAUGCUUCUACCCUCCCACCAGCGUGAACAGACACGACAGAAAGUAUUGGUGCAGGGAAUCAGCCACGGGCUGCAUGACCGUUGUCUCCACCAGCGGCUACACUGCUCCAGGCUACGAAGGCAGAGCCUCCAUCACUGAUGACCCACAGGCAGAAAGCUUCCAGAUUAAAAUCUCUGAGCUGACAAUGGCAGAUGCAGGCACCUACCAGUGCGGUGUUGGUAUCAAUAGCAGAGGGCUCUGCCACAAAGUCAGUCUGGAUGUUUCUAAAGGUCCACACGUGCCUGAGGGAGCUGAGCUCUUCUACGUGAAGCUGCACAGCACUUUGACCAUGUCCUGCAGCUUUGGGAAGGAGUAUGAGAGCUGGAGGAAAUUCUUGUGCAAGAUGGAGAAAAAAGGCUGCCGUAACAUCAUCGAUAGUCACGGGGAUGUUGAUAAAGAUUACACAGGGAGAGCUCUGCUAAGCAAUGAGGAGCUUCCAGGCUCAUUCAGCGUUGUGAUAACUCAGAUGGGCUGGGAAGACUCUGGCUUGUACCUGUGCGGGGUUGGCGUCUAUGGGGAGAAAGGAGAAACAAAGGAACUGGAUGUGCAUGUCUAUGAAGAGUCACAUGUUCCUCAAGGAAAGCCCACAAUAAUUGGAGUAAAAGAAAGUUCGGUAACUUUUGAAUGCCACUAUGACACUCUGAAGAAUUCCUCAAAGUACUGGUGCAAGUGGAGACAGAACGGGUGUGCUCGGAUCAUAGAUAACUCCGGGUACGUGUCACCCUUGUAUGAAGGAAGAGUGGCCAUGUUCGACAGCCCAGAUAACAAGACGAUCACCAUCAUCCUGAACCAGCUGAAGGACAGUGACAAAGGCUAUUACUGGUGCAUGACGGAUGAGGAGAAGGAGCAGCAAUCAUCAACUGAGCUGGAGAUCAUAGAUGGACAACCCGGACUGCAGGGAAAGAAGAACGUGGAGGUGCAAGUGGGUUCACGGGUCGAUUUAACUUGCUCUUAUCCAUGCAAGUACUACUCGUACCAGAAGUACUGGUGCAAGUGGAGCAGCACCAGGUGCACUCCCAUGCCUGCUUCUGACCAAAGGCAGCCGGGGCCAGACGUUAUCUGUGACACUGACAACAAGACGGUCAUCCUAAGCUUUGACUCGGUGACAAAGUCAGACCAAGGGUGGUACUGGUGUGGAGUGAAGCGCAACGGCGUUUUUGGGGAAACCAUGGCAGUGCAGCUGUGGGUGACUGAAGACACAGGAAGCAAUGCUGACCACAGCCUGGACCUCCUGAACGUGGACAACCCCAACCCUGCCAAGGGUGGCUUUAUUCCCCAAGGAAGAGCCUACAACGAUGCUGGGGUCGGCAGCCCAGCUGCCUCAGAAAGCUCUGAUCAAGGCCCUAGCCUCAGUACAAUUUCAGCCGUGAGCGUUGCUGGUUCCAUCCUCAUAAUCCUUGCAGCAGCUUUUGCUGUUUUUAAAUACAGGCAGCUGAAGAGAUCUGACCUGGUGUCCAUCGGGAGCUACAGGACGAACAUCAGCAUGUCAGACUUCGAAAGCGGGAAGGAGUACGGCGCAAGCAAUAACGCCUGCAUGAAAGAGACCCAGGAGACUCAGAUAGGAGGGGAUGAGUUUGUCACCACCGCGGCCACCCCGGAAAGCGCUGCCGAGACAAAGAAGGCAAAAAGGAGCUCCAAGGAGGAUGCCGACCUCGCCUACUCCACCUUCCUCCUCACCUCCAACAGCAUCGCGCAGGGUGACCCCAGGGGGGACAGUGCUCCCCCGGCCGUGUCCCCCCCAAACUGGGAGGGCUAGAUCUGAAGGUGAGGGACUGAGAGGUGGCAGCAACUGGGACCGGCUCUACCUUGAGGAUCAGAGCAAGACAUCAGCAAGCAGCACUGUUUAUUGCUACCGCAAUUUGCUAUAGCUUGACCUUUUUUUGCUUAAAUUCGGCUUCAAGGGGUGAUUUAGGAGGAAUCGUCUGAUGCCAAGAGGGGUGGCUGGGCUGGAGGCGCGGGUCUGAGCGAGCAGGUCAGACUGGAAAAGGCAGGAGCUGGAGUGGCGUAGCCCACCGACAGCCCCAGCCCCACCAGUGCCCUUCCAAAACAGUGGGCUCUCAAAGGCCAGAAGGCACAUUUUGAAAAAUCUCAUUUUCUUUUAAAGGCAGCUGGAAAACCCUCUAGAACAACGUCUCGCACUUUUGAUUCCUCUAAGCUUUCUCAUCCAGAGGGCAGUACCUGCAGACCAGACAUGGUCUGAAGUGUUUUUAUGCGCAAGCAAUAAAGAAUACCACUGGCUUUCAGCAGA